AUGCCCACGGUGGGGUGGCAUGCGCACAGCCGCUGCCUGGCCCGGUGGCAGCUGCAAUCUGCGGGCUCGCGGCGCGAGACCCACUGCGACUUCUGCAACAGCCAGCUCCCGGACUGGAAGGCGGUGCUGACCCCCCUCCCCGACCUCUCCGCCCCCGCCGUCAUGAACGUGAACUUUGACGGCCGCACCUACAGCUUUGAGGUUCAGGCCGGCAUGGCGGGGUACUCUGAAUUCACAGAGUCCAUCCGCCGCGCCUUCAACCUGCCGGACGACAGCGACCUCAACAUCACCUUCACCUGCGACGAGCCCACGUCAGGCGCGUGGAUGUGA